UAGAACGGCAGUGUAACCGGAAACUCGUGUGGAACAUGGCGGAAGAUUCACGUGUACACAGACUGGACCUGAUCCUGCAGCAUGUCCGGAAUGUCCCUGAUUUUCCCGUCCAGGGCAUCGUGUUCAAGGAUAUCUGCCCGAUUCUGAAGGAACCCAAAGCCCUGGCUGCAGUUAUCGAUCUGUUUGAGGAGCAUGUGAGGCAGAAGCAUCCACACACUGAACUCAUCGUGGGUCUGGAAGCUCGUGGUUUUUUAUUUGGGCCACUUCUGGCACAGAGAUUGGGAAUCGGCUUCGUCUUGGUGCGAAAGAAAGGGAAACUUCCUGGUCCGACGGUGUCUGUAGGGUACACCCUGGAGUACGCCAAGGCCGAGGCGGAGAUUCAGGCUGACGCUGUACAACCGGGACAGAAAGUUCUCCUCAUCGACGACCUGCUGGCUACAGGAGGAACGUUGCAUGCAGCGUGCGAGCUGAUGAAGAUGCAGAAGGCUGAGAUACUCGGCUGCUUGGUGGUGAUCGAGCUGAAGGACCUCAGCGGGGCAGAAAAACUCCCCGUCCCCGUCUUUUCUCUUUUACAGUGCUGAACCAGGACGCAUUCCACAUGUCCACAGAGCAAUACGUACACGUGCAUCUGGUUGAUUCCUUUUUAUUGUCUGUAUUUUGUCUUUUUAAUUACGUUUGCACUCAAUAGGAAACGAUGUUCACGUGUCACAGACGUAGCGAUCCUCGCGCCUCCAGCUGAGAGAUGAACAGUGCUCUGCUGUAAUUUUUUUAUAUGCAUAUUGUUUUUGCAGGAGAUAUGAUGCAUGCACAUGUGAUUGUUUACUAUAUUUGUCUUGAACUGGACUUGAAUUUUGUAGAAUUCGUACUGAAAAUAAAAUCUUAUAAUGGUGUCAAA